ACACUUUAGCAUAAGGAUUAUAAGACGCCCAAGGCGAUUAACUAAAAGCAUCAUUUCUUACGGAUGAAGAAUGGGUGGAAGUACAAGGUCUAGUCGGAAACUGGAAUCGACUCUUUUUCUUUUUAAUUAAACAUUUUACGUCACUGCCAAUAACCAGUCUUUUUUUAGGGACUUUAAAAUUUCUAUAUAAAUUAACGCUAAUUUGACAAUUGUCUUUAAAUAGACAACAAAGAUUGCUGAAGUUAUUUCUGAAAUGAUUGAAAGUACAAUUAAAGACAAAUACCCUUUUCCCGACAUGAAUUUUCCGAUUAAAAGUACAGAAAAUUAUCGUGAUAGCUAUUCAAUAAAUUAUAACGACAUGAAUAUAAAGAACGUCGUGCCACCAUUAGACAACAACAAAGUCGAGACGGAGGGAAAGUACAACUCAUCCGGGCUGCAAUACCCUUUUUCGAGGAUUCCAACUGCGCAAAAACAAUAUACUGGCAUUGAUAGCUUUUCAGCUUCUCCUUACAACACUUUUUCAAAGGAUCAUACUCCAACAAGUAAUUUUGCAAGCAACUUAACGUCAAUGAACCCGUCAUUGUCGAAUAUGCCAAAUAACUUAGAAAAAUCUUCAAUAAGUUCAUACGAUAAAAACGACAGUGAAGGUGAAGAUGACGAUGAAGAUUUAACGGGAAAAACAAAAGGCAGCAAACUUCCACGUAAACCUCGUACAAUUUUCACGAGUCAUCAGCUCCGAGAAUUAAAUCGUUCUUUUGAACGUACACAUUAUCUUUCGCUUCCAGAACGUGCUGAAUUAGCCCAUGGAUUGGGACUCACUCAAACUCAAAUUAAAAUAUGGUUUCAAAAUAAACGUUCAAAAUUUAAGAAAAUUAUUAAAGCAAAUGGUGGACAAAUGACUCCUACACCAAACCUUAGUCAAACCGGAAAUCUAAAUACGUGGUCAGAUUACAGUAAACCAUAUUCUAAUCACGUUGCACCGCACCUUAGUUCAUUUUCUAAUAAUUCCCAUAGCCCAGCUCCAUUUUCACCGGACUCGUGGUAUUAUCGAAUGAAUGGAGGCUAUGGAACUCACGAAAGCAUGUUUCCAUACACUCAAGUCUCAGGUGAUAUGAGGCCACUUGAAAUGAGAUCAAAUAUAACUCGUCCCAAUUUUUCUUUUCAUAUGUAAAAAGAAAUGUAACAUUUAUUAAACAUUUUUCCAAAA